GCGAUCUUUCCGCGAGAUCUGUUAAGCACCAGUGUCGCCCACUAAUCGAGUUGCAGCUUAUGCAAGCAUGUUUUUAUAACGUGCAAGAACUUCCUGAUACUUAUUUCACGAGUCCUGUGUUAAUCUCCCCAUAAGUGUCUUGGACAUUUGCAAUGCACGAAAACUUCUCGGCUCAUUCACCGUCAUUGUUUUAUCAACAUGCCUGAAGGGCCAGAGCUGCACUUGGCCAGUCUGUUUGUUAACAAAGUGUGCGAGGGAGUAGUGUUCACAGGCCCAGUCACAAAAUCUGCAGUGAGCAAGAACUGUGAUGUGUCCUUCACCUGCGAGGCUUACAGGAUCCAAGCUUCUUCCAGAGGGAAGGAAGUGAAGCUCACGUUAACACCUAUAAAGAGCGAUGUCAAAGAGGGGAGCACAGAGCAACCCAUGGACAUCGUUUUCCGCUUCGGUAUGUCCGGCUAUUUCCGAUUCACAUCCGAGGAUGAGCUGCCGAAACAUGCCCAUUUGCGUUUCUUUUCCAACGAAAAGCCCUGCCGAGUGCUGAGCUUUGUGGACACACGCAGGUUUGGCAGUUGGCAGCCCAAUGGAAGCUGGCAGCGUGGCCGGGGGCCCUGCGUCAUGUUCGAGUACGAGAGCUUCAGAAAAAAGGUGCUCUCCAAUCUGUCUAACCGGGCUUUCGAAAGGCCCAUCUGUGAGGCCCUGCUUAACCAGAACUACUUCAACGGCAUUGGAAACUACUUGCGGGCAGAGAUCCUUUUCAGGCUGAGCAUUCCACCCUUUGUGCAGGCCAGGACUGUGUUGGAAAGCCUUGAGCUAGAGGAUCUGGCUGCAGAUACUACCCCUGUGAAAGAAGAGCUUGAUGACCAAAAGACCUCCGACGGGGAGUCGAAACGCACGUCUCAACCUGCUGAUCUACUGAGGUUGUGCCACACCGUUCCUCUGGAGGUCGUGAACAUGGGUGGGAAAGGCUACGACCCCCAGAAGGCCGACUACUCCGACUUCCAGGCUUGGCUGCGGUGUUACUAUGUGGCCGGAAUGAAAAGCACCAGAGACCACAAUGGCAGAACCAUGUGGUUCAGUGGUGACUCAGGCCCCAUGGUACCCAAAGAGUGCAAAUCAACAAAAGCAAAGAAGAGAGUGAAGAAAGAAGAAGACAACGAUGCCGCCAUGGUUGCUGAAAUUGUCCCUAAAGUCAAGACGGAAAAGGGUGUCAAGCAGGAAGCCCCAAAUAGCAAGACUGGCUUGAGGAAACGGAAGGUUAAACAAGAGGGGGAAGUGACGCGCACCUGUGACAACACGAGAUGUUUGCGUAGUAACAAGACCAGUGAGGCACGCUAAGGCGGGAAGAGCGGACAUUCACUAUUUAAAUGAUCGCUGAGAAACAAAGAGGCUGACCCAAAUGGACCAGGGAAAAAAUGGGACCAUGACUUUUUUCCUUCUGAAACACGUUCAUAAACAUUAAAACUUUUUCACUUUUACAAAAA